UUAAAAGAGAUGUUUCCAAACACAUCUGUUUAAUUUUAAGUUCGAAACAUUUGGACUGGGAAGAUACAAUGAUGGCUAUGUAGGGACAGUAUGUGCGUGACAGGGUUUUAGGACUGAUACGCGAACAGUCUGGUAUUUGGUAUUAUGAGGUCACGUUGAACAAGAUGGUCUAUUAAACGAAAAUUAAUUAAUAAUGGAUAUGAUUACUCGUUUAGUAAUUUUGAGUUCUCUCAUUGUUAUUACGUUUUUUUUUUUUUGUUUCUCCAUGUUCUCUUAAGUUUAAUUAUAUUCAGUUGUCAUUUCAUAAUAAUGUCAUAAGACCUAACUUCUUUUAUUUAUUUAUUUAUUUAUUUUGUUUCUUUUUUUUUUUUUUUUUUUUUCUUUUUUUAAAUACUUUAUUACGGAUUUAUACGUUUCAAUAUUAUCAAAAGUUACAAUUUGUAAGACGUGAUCUUAAAACCUUUUCGUUGAAAGGAAUGAUCAGACUAUAAUUGAUAUUUAAAAGUUUAAAUGAUAAGUAAAUGGGAAUAGUACCAUUUCGUGAGAAAAUAUUAACACGUAGCUCUGUUGGUAAUACAUGAUACAAUAUCUACGCACCUCGGCAAGGUCUAUGCUGUGUGAGGGUCUUUCAAGACUACCCCCAAGUCCUAUUCAGAAGACAGAGGAAAGCAACAACAAUAACUCUUCUGGAGAGUCUGGCAGUGAACGUGCUCAUAGUCCUGCGGCAAUGCCCUCAGCACUAGGUUCAAAAACAGACUCGUCUAGAAUUUCAUCAUCUCCUUCAGACCAGAGGAGAUCCGAUAAUGAAAGCAAUACGGUAAAUACAAAGGAUGAGCAUAAAAGGAGUGACCGAUCUGACCGUAACAAGCAUAACGCCAGUGAAAAAAAUCGUCGAUCAUCAUACGAUGAUAGAAAACAGCGUGGUGAUAAUAAUACUCAUAAUAAAGAUACUAAGGAGAAAAGAAGUAAGGACGAUGAGAAAAAAUCACGUGACGAGGAUAAACGUAAAGAGAAAACCGAUGAGAAAGAAAAGAAUGAGAAAGAUCAUCAUUAUCGUGACGAUAGCCGAAGGGAUCGAACUCGAGGUGAUAGAAACGACAGAGAUAGACGUAGAGACAGAGAAAGAGAAAGAGAACGUCGUCAUUCUAGGGACGAAAGAUCUAGGGAUCGACAUCGGGAAGAAAGAUCGAAUUAUCAUAAAGAAAAGGAUCGUACAAGAUCAAGAUCAAGAUCAAGGGACCGUGCCCCACCACCCUUUAGAACAAUGAGUUAUAGAGAGGAAAAGGGAAGAAAUAAAUUGGCACAAUUAGAAAAAUUAGGAAUCGAAUUGAAAGCACCAGAAGGUGAUACUGUAACUUUGGGAAUUCAAAGCGAACAAAAUUAUUAUAAUCCAUUGACCACUGCUACUCAAGGGAAAUAUGCAGAACAAAUUCAAAAGAGGAAAUUAUUAUGGGCUAAUAAGUCGAAACAAGAAGAAGGUAAAGGUAGUUCCAAUACAGCUACUACAGUGAACACAUGGAUGGGUACAACAUUUACCCAUGAUCAAGAUGGGAAAGUAACUGCGAAAUUUAAGAGACUGAUGGGUAUAAAAGGAGAUUUACCUAACACACCAAUUGCAGGCGCGAAGCCUGAUAUUUUGAAGAAACAGGAAGAAAUGUUUAAUAAUAUGGAACAACAAUAUGAAGUAGCACGUGCUACUACACACACUCAACGUGGUGUAGGACUAGGAUACACCACCGGUGGUUAUCAAUUUCCACGAUAAAUUAUUAUUAUUAUUAUUAUUAUUAUUAUUAUUAUUAUUAUUAUUAUUAUUAUUAUAAAAAUUAUUAUUAUUAAUAUUUACUUAAUGAAAGAAAUUGAAAUUCUCA